GUGAAACCCUAGAAACAGAUUGAGAGAGAUCCUUCUCCCCUACAACAAUGGCUGAAACCCUAACCCAAAAAACCACCCCUUCAGGGUUCUCCACCUUCACAGGCAUCUACAGUAGCUUAAACCCUCCAAGAACCCUCCCCAAAGCACCAUUCUUGGACUUGGUCUCCUUCCUCUUCUCUCACAGCCAUGGAGGCCACACUGCCCUUGUGGACUUCUCCUCUUCCUUCUCAAUCUCGUACCAACAACUCCAAGCAAUGGUCCAGUCAUUAGCCUCUGGAUUACAGAGCAUUGGUGUCUCAAAAGGUGAUCUUGUUCUGCUCCUCCUCCCAAACUCUGUCCUUUUCCCUGUCAUUCUUUUGGGGGUUCUCUCAAUUGGUGCCAUUGUCACUGCCAUGAACCCUCUCAGCAGCCAAGAAGAGAUUAAGAAGCAAAUAGACCAUAAAAACCCUGUCUUGGCUUUCACAUCCAUUGAUUCUAUGAAGAAAAUAAAUGGUUUUGGCUUUCCGGCUAUCGCCGUGCCUGAAAACCUCUCCUGUGUCUCUGGUGCUUUUGAUGAGUUCUUUAGAAUUCUCUGUUGUGAUUCUAAACCUGCUCCGAGGCCGGAAAUUUUGCAAACCGACAUUGCGGCGAUACUCUAUUCUUCUGGUACAUCAGGGGCUAGUAAAGGUGUUGUCUUGACACAUGCCAAUCUUAUAGCAAUGGUUGAGCUUUUUGUUCGGUUUGAGGCUUCACAGUAUGAGAGGGAGGGUUGUGAGAAUGUUUAUCUUGCUGCUAUUCCUAUGUUUCAUGUGUAUGGAUUGUCUCUUUUGGCAAUUGGAUUGCUUUCCCUCGGUUCGAAGGUUAUGGUGAUGAACAAGUUUGUUAUAAAGGAUGUUGUUAUGGCCAUUGAUGCAUUUAAGGUCACUCAUUUCCCUGUUGUUCCUCCGAUUUUAGGAGCUCUUAUUAGAGCGCAAGCCGGGAAUGGCUGCAAGUUAUCGUCUUUGAUUCAGGUUUCAAGUGGAGCUGCUCCUCUUAGCAAGAAAAUCAUCAAUGAUUUCCUCAAGGCUUUUCCUCAUGUUGAUCUCAUUCAGGGUUAUGGUAUGACAGAGUCUACUGCUGUCGGAACUCGCGGUUUUAAUUCUAAAAGUCUUAAAAAAUAUACUUCAGUUGGACUUUUAGCUCCAAAUAUGCAAGCCAAAGUGAUUAGUACAAAAACUGGAUCCUGUUUGCCCCCCGGCAGCAGUGGCGAAUUGUUGUUACGAGGUCCGGCAAUAAUGAAAGGAUACUUAAACAAUGAGAAUGCCACUAAAUCAGCGAUCAAUGAAGAUGGUUGGCUAAAAACUGGUGAUUUUGCAUAUUUCGACCAGGAUGGUUAUCUACAUGUAUUGGAUCGCUUGAAGGACACAAUUAAAUACAAUGGUUUCCAGAUAGCUCCAGCAGAUUUGGAAGCUCUGCUGAUUUCACACCCUGAGAUUCUUGAUGUAGCAGUGACAUCUGCCGAAGAUGAAGAAGCCGGUGAGAUUCCGGUGGCCUUUGUAGUAAGGAUACCUGGUAGUGCAAUCUCCUCUGAUGAAGUAAUAACAUAUGUUGCUAAAAGGGUGACUCCUUAUAAGAAGGUGAGAAGGGUUGUGUUUGUGCAAUCAAUUCCCAGAUCUCCUGCUGGAAAAAUACUCAGGAGAGUACUGAGGAACAACAAUGGAGGUUCAAGGCUUUAAGAUCAUAAUCAUAAUCAUAAUUAAUGGUCCUUCAAACAUGAGUAUUGAUGUUAUUUUCAUUCAUAAUUCAUUCAUGAUAAUAAAAAAAUUCCAUCUUGAUGCUGUCAAAAUAAUGGUUGAAUUUUGUUUUUAUUAAA